AAUCAUAGUCUGCGCAAUGGACACAAAUGUGAACAACGGUCAAUACAAUUUACACUCGGUAACUCUCUAAACCGGGCCAUUAAAAUCUUAAAUUAAUUAAAUAAACAGUUAAAUUAAGGAUACAUUCUAGUUUAUUGCAUAAGGGUUGGAUACUGGCACGGACCGUUGUUCCCCUGGAGUUGCUCAGUUCCCUCCUCAGCACCAAGACAUUUCGCACUGUUUGGGUACCUGUCGUGCCAGGGACGGCUGUUGACUGUCGGACUUUCGUCAGCUUUCAGCGCUUGUACUGAGGAGAUUCAUCAAUUGUGUAAUUCAUGGAAAACGUGUAUCCUGUUAAUUUUUGAAAGAGACAAGAGAAAAGUUGUGCGCAAAGUUCUGGCACCUUCCCUCCGGAGCGUCGUUAGGGACCAGAGUCGUCCCGCCUUUAUUAUUUUUUUUGUACGUGUGGAAGUUUCUGAAUCACCGGAAGGAAAGAUGACUCUACUUUGCACAGUGGGGUUUGCGGUGGUCGUUCUUUGCGGAGUGGCAGACAGCAGGGUGAUUCUUGAUGGUCUACAGAGGUACGGCCCCAUGCCCGGCUACCUGCCUGUCAGCUACCAGGUACUCAAUGCCAAGGCAGCCUUCUUCCUAAAGGAGGCCAACCAGGACCUAAUGAGGAACUCCAGCCUGCAGGCCAGGACUGAGCCCUUCUUCAUCCAGGAGGCCCGCCAGAUGCCCUUCAUCAACGCCAGCUACGGACCCAUGUCUGCCCAGCAACCCAUCCCCCUGGAGCUCCUACAGAGCCCCGGACCCUUCAACGGACUCUCUUUUACCUCCCUGUCAUCAUCCUCCUCCUCUUCUCCAUCCCUUUUCACCUACAACUGGAAGGUCCAUACCUUCAUCAUCAGUGAGAGGAUUCACCCCAGUUGGCCAAAGGUGCAAGUGUUGUUCUAUGUGGGAGGCAGGGACUGGGAUGACUAUACCACCAUCCACAGGCUGCCCUGUGUCAGGAUGUUUGCCUUCCACGAGACCCAGGAGGUGCGGGGCACGUGUCGUCUGAAGGGGGAGCUGGGGAUGUGUGUGGCAGAACUGGAGCCCCUGGCUAGCUGGUUCAGUCCCCCCACCGUGAGGCCAGGGAGGCAGAGAUCUCCGGAGCAGCCCCAGGGCACCCCCGUGGAGCUCUACUACAUGGUACAGUCCACGGAGACUGGGGAGUGCAGCUCAGAGGACUCAAGGAAAGGCAGUUCCAUGCGCACAGAGCACCAGGGGCCCAUGGGGUACUUCUCGGGUCCCACACCCAUGCAGCGCAUUGGGAGCGUGCGUCUGUUCCAGCCCAUGCCGGAGCUGAGGCUGGACAGUAACUUUGUGGUGAUGGUGCCCUCUAGACCAAUCAGACAGAGGGAGAUAGUCUCCACCUUCCUGGCUCUCUCCAUCCUGUCACCUGUACAGAUCUUCACCCUCAGAGUGAAGUCGAAGGAUGGCGUGGCAUUCCUGGGGGCGAGGGCCAGUGACCCAGUCCUGUGGACAGUGAGUCAGGAUGUGAGGAGCGAGGGACACAGGGUCAUCACCCUUCACUGUCACCGCAAGGAGAACACCUUCGGUCAGAGGCCAGAGACAGGCUACCAGAAGGUCCUCCAGGUGGAUCUGGAGGUGAACGGGCUGCUGGACCCGCAGGGCAGCCGUGUGGUGACGUGGCAGGUGGAGUACCCUCUAACUCGCUCCCUCACUGACGAGGUCCAAACCCUCAUCCGCCUGGCACCACAGGACCUGGGUGGCAUUGUGCCACUGGCCAUGAACACUGAGAUCCUGAAUACAGCCGUCCUCACCGGGAGGACGGUUGCUGUGCCGGUAAAAGUGGUCACCGUAGGAACAGACGGCACGGUUACAGAUGUAACAGAGUCGGUGGAGUGUCGGUCGACCGAUGAAGAGGUGGUCAAGGUGUCAGAUCGUUGUGACUAUGUGUUUGUUAAUGGGAAGGAGACGAGGGGGAGGAUGAAGAUGGUGCUCAACUUCACCUACAGCUACCUGAGUGCCCAACUGGAGAUGAGUGUGUGGAUGCCCCGCCUCCCCCUGCUUAUCGACAUAGCCAACCCCGAACUCAGCCAGAUCAAGGGCUGGAGAGUCCCUGUGGCCACCGACAACAAGAGGUAUGAGAGGGUGAGUGAGGAUGAUGGUGUUGAAGUGGACAGUGAGAGGACAGAGAGCGGCUGUGUCCCUCAGUACCAGAGCACCACGGUGCGGGUCCUCACACACUUUAUGGCCCUAGGAGCUGAUGGGCUGGGCCAACAGGACUUCCUGCUGGGCAGUGAUUGGCAGGUGGACGUGACUGACCUGGUCCAGGAUUCGCUGAGGGUGGAGGACCAACGUGUGGCCCGCCUACUGAAGGGACAGGUCCUGAUGGGCCUCAGCACCGGCACAGCCAAACUACAGGUGAUGUCCCCUCUGUCUGACUCGAUCCUGGCUGAGCGUAUGGUCAGGGUUCUGGAAGACAAAGUGAGUGUGACAGAGCUGGGAGUGCAGCUGGUCUCUGGCCUUUCUCUGUCCCUCCAGCUCAGCCCAGGGAGCAACAGGGCCAUCGUCGCCACGGCUACAACACAGGAAGUCAUGCAGAAACUUAAACAGGAAUCUCUUAUCAGUGCCUGGCUUCAGUUCAGUGACGGCUCCAUGACCCCUCUGGACCACUAUGACCCCACCCACUUUGUGCUCACAGCCACCUCAUUGGACGAGCAGGUGGUGUCAGUACAGCGCAGCACCGAGUGGAAGUGGCCGGUUAUCGUGGCAAAGGGUGAAGGCCAAGGGUUACUGGUGCGCGUAGAGAUGACAUCAUCAGAGUUCUGCCGGAAGACGAAGCGACGCAUCAUUCUGGCUGCCGGGGUAGGAAACAUCAGUGUUAGGUUUGGCAGCUCUGAGGAGCUGUACAGCCGCCCCGGAAGCAGAACCCGACCAGACCCACCCUACUACGGAGGCUCCAUCUCUGACAUUGAGGCUGGAAUCAUGAAUCGGGACGCUACCACGGUUAAGGCCCCCAUCCCGGUGAGGCCCAAUGGGGACAGGCUAUUGGCUGACGGAGGAGUCCCUGGAGAGUUCUCUGAGUUCCCUGCCCAGGCGGAGCUGCCGCGGGGCCGCAGCACAGAGGAGGACCUGUUGUCGUCCCGCCGUGGCCUCACAGACCUGGAGAUCGGUAUGUAUGCCCUGCUGGGGGUCUUCUGCCUGGCCAUCCUAGUCUUCCUCAUCAACUGCAUCUCCUACGCCCUCAAGUACCGCAGCAAGGAGCUGCCCCUGGAGGCCCCUGAGGCAAUGCCUCAUGCCCACGACUGGGUGUGGCUUGGCCAGAAUGAGGGCCUGUGCCUGCAGCAGCAGCAGGACGAGCUGGGCUCAACCCUGGAGGAGGGCAGCCAGCUGCUGAAUGGAGGGGCCCUGAAGAGCAGUGCCCAGGGAAGCUGUCCGGGAGGUAGGAACGAGUCACUCAACUCACCCACCACCAAGAGGAAGAGGGUCAAAUUCACCACCUUCUCCAACGUCAAGCCCAAUAAUGGAUGCCCAGUUCUGAGCCCACUGGCACUCGGACUGACCAACGACAUUAAGUGGGUGUGUCCAGACAUCGAGCUCGGGGACUCGCAAGAGCUCCGGAAUUACAUGGAGAGGUUGAACGAGAACGCUACAAAGAACGUUGUAUAGAGACGCUUGUAUUUUUAGUGGACGAAUGAGUAACUCUAACACACCCGAAUGCCUUCAGAGUAAGGAGGGAGUGAGGGGUGCGUUUUAUUGAAAUUGGUUGGUACUGUACCUCGCUAUGACAACAAGAUGGAGCGUUCCAGCCAUUGUUGUUUCCAUUGUUACUAUCGGAAUGGUCAAGGAUCAGAAAUGAGGGGAAACUCAAAUUGCCAUUACACCACAUUGGAUAUGUGGGAAUUUUUAAAACUUGAAUGACACUUUAAUUAGUAGAUAUAUCUUCUCCCUGUCUUUAAUUUUAGAUAAGCUUAUUUAAUUUUGUUUUCACGCACAGCUCUCUUUGUUGACUUUUUAAAUCAUAAUUUCCUUAUUCUGCUGUGUAUUAUGUUAUUAAGCAAUUACAGUCUAUGAGAGAAGUGUUCAAAGCUAUUAACAUUGUAAAUACGUUGAGCAUAGAGACUGGUUUGGAGUAUGAGAGACAAUAUUUUGUAACAUCUUUCUUUAGUCUGUCCUCCUUUUUGCAUUUAAUUUUGUUCUCCAGAGAUCAACAUGCAUGUUACUAAAGACAAAGCCUGUCUUAGUUCCUGUUGAUCCGUCAGAAAUAAAUGUGUACAUACUGUAGAGUCCUCCCUAUAAGACACAUGCUUCUCUCACACACAUCCCUGUCAAAGACAUGACAUUCAUUGAAUAGCUGAGCUCUAGGUUGUGUUUUCUUCUUCUUUUUUUUUCUUCUUAUCUUUCCUUUUCUCUCUAUUAUUAGAAGUCAACAGGAGUGUCUCCUACUUGCUGUUUGUGACAUUCUUUUGUUUUUUUGUUGUCAAGGUAGUUGAUAUGAUUCCUUUGACUGUUUCCAAUUUCUAGGUUAAACCUGUAGCCUAUAUGGAGAUUUUUACUCCUCGUGUAAUUAGUUCAAUUCUGACCUUACCUGUAAUUAUUGGUGAGCGUAACUGUUGGUGAGCUACAUCGUGUUAAAUCCCCAUUUUGUAUCUAUUUAUUCCACUUUCAGAUGGACCAUAAUCACUCCAGAUUAUUUCACUUAGACUGAGUCAUCGAACCCAAACACACAAUAUAAUACAGGUCUAUUACCAGAACCAAUGGUUGGUGCAGAUCAGUAUGGCAUACUAGUAUACGGAUGCUAGUACAUUAAACUAAACUCUAAUGACAUGAGCUGCUGAGUUCCAGGUGGAAUAGUGAUCCGCUCUAUGGCAAAAAUCCUGACGAGUCCAUCCCCAUCCCUCCUUCCUCCCCGUCAAUCAGAUCCAUAGAUCCAGAUCCAUAGAUGUCCAUCCCUUACUGUUUUCAAAAUGGCCUCUGGAUUUGAUUAAAACUAAAAGGUGAAACCUCUCUCUCCUGUUUCUGUUUGAUUAAUUUGUCUAGAUGUUUAAUUCAUCCCUCUAUCUAUCUGUCCAGACUCAGUUACCCAUCCAUCCUAUCCAUUUCUACAAACCGACUGCUGCUCUAAUGAGAUUGGCAAUUUGGUGUUUGUGCAUUUGUGCAUCUGCCAGGCAGAUAGUAAG